UGGUCUAUUUGCGUUUUCUCUGUCGUUAAGAUCGUUCACAUAAGGACACUAUAAGGAUAGGUAUUAGGUAACAACAGGUUAAUUUUUAUUCCAUAUCAGAUCGUAACUGAAAUCGGUUCUUAAUUGUAUUUUUUAUCACUAGGCUAUUUUUGAAAUAUAUUCUAUUGAAAGUUUAGCAAGUACCGAUAUGGCUGCGAUUGAGCAUCUAACUGUUGGCUCCACUGACCCUCCCUUGGUCGAGGGAAAACUUCGCCUGUAUAGUAUGCGUUUCUGCCCUUAUGCCGCCAGGGUGCAUUUAGUUCUAAAUGCCAAGAAAAUUCCAUACGACCCUGUCUUCAUUAAUCUGAUGCAGAAGCCAGAAUGGUACACCAGCAAAAUUCCGACCGGUAAAGUUCCAGCUUUGGUGGUGGAUGGACACCUGUACGAGAGUCUCAUAAUUGCCAACUAUUUGGAUGAAAAGUAUCCUCAGAAUAAGCUGCAGAGUGAGGAUCCUCUAAAGAAGGCUAAGGAUGCCAUACUGAUUGAGAGUUUCGGCAAGGUAAAUUCAGUUAUGUACAAAAUGUACUUCAACGAUAUUGAUUCGGAAACUUUCAAUCAAUUUCUUGACACCCUGGAUGAGUUUGAAAAAGAGUUAUCCAGUAGAGGAACUCCUUUCUUUGGAGGUAAUGCAGUAAAAAUGGUCGACUACAUGAUCUGGCCAUUUUUUGAGAGGAUGUCUGUGUUUCCACUACCUGACAGGCCGCAAUUCAAGAUUCCUGAAGCUCGAUUCCCCUGUUUGACCAAAUGGAUGAGUGCUAUGGUUGAAGAUGAGGCUGUGAAACAACACUAUCUAAGGCCAGAUCAGCACGCCCAUCAUUUGAACAUGAGAAAGGCCGGAACUCCCGACUAUGUUAUCAUUGCUUAGAGAAUUUCCUAGCAGAUACAAUAUUACGGUGUAAAUAGAACACCUCAUAAAUGUUGAUCAUUCCAUAUCAAUUCACAAAGGUGGGUGUAUAGUGAAAAUUAAUUGAGAAAAAAUUCCCUCUCAAUUAAUGUUUUAAAAAUGUACCAAAAGCCACAGAAAAUUCACUCCCAACAUUGAUUGGAUGGGAUGUGUUAGUACUAUUCAUAAGGAAUAUUCUGAAAGUUAGAAGUGAAUGUUAUCUUAUUAUAUUAUACAGUAUUAUGGUAUAAAUUAAACACCUUAUUAUGAAUCUUGAUUGGUCCAAUAUCAAUACACCAAUUUGAGUGUAGUGUGAUUCACUCCGAACGGAUUCGAUCACCACACAGUCACGGUUAUCACACAAUGUGACGGUUAUCACUUUGUGGUUACGCUUUCUGGUAUGGUUUUAAAAAAAGUUGCUUUCAAGAUUGUUUCUCCAAGUGAAAAACCUUACUGUGUUAAGUAAUUGAGUAAGUACUUAAUGUGUGGAGUAAUAACAAGACACAAGGAAAAUGAGCAAAGAAUUUCAUUUUUAUCUGAAUUUGUUAAAUUUUAUUUUCACUCAAGUGCUUAACAAAUAAUUAUAAUAGGACUAGAAAUAUUAUCGUAGGUAAAUGUUAUCGUAGGUAAUUUGCCAUAGUUACUACUUAUAAAAAACGUUCAUUAUUUUAUAUUUUAUUUACAUAGUAUAUGACACUAUACUAAGUAUUUUUCAACAAAAUAUAUUAUUUUAUGAAAUGUUAAAGAAUAAAGACACCUUGUUUAAAUUCCA